CCGGAUAGCGUCAGCCGCAUUUUCGAGCGAUUUUUGAUGCCGCUCGGAUCGUCUGGAACGCCGAGCAUCCGUGAUUAAUUUCGUGUUCGAACGUUUAAAAGUUUCGGGUCCUUCUAUCCUCGAGUUACGUGCUUGCUAGUGCGGAAAUCACCCAGCGCAUCAUGGCACCAUUGUUAGAAAAAAUGAUGUUAUCGGACCUCACUGAAGUGCCGUUCAUAAAAAUUGGCGAUUUUAAGCUCGAAUUCGAGCUCGGGCCUCCUAAUCCAGAAUUGCAGGAAGUAGCAAGAAAGGAAUUAAGAGAGUCUCCUGAGAUACAAAAACAGUCGAUAACACGCCUGCAAGAAUUAUUAAAAGCUGAAAAAGAUUUGAAAUGCCCGUUGGACAAUGAAGCCUGGUUGAUUAGGUUUUUGAGGCCGUGCAAAUAUUAUCCCGACUCAUCUUUCAAGCUCAUCAAACACUAUUACAACUUCAAAGUGAAACAUGCGAAUGUGUACGACAACUUAAAGCCGAGUAGAGAGAAAAAUGUCUUCGAACAAAACAUUCUAACUGUGCUGCCUAAUCGCGAUCAACACGAUCGACGUAUACUGAUAAUUGAACUUGGCAAGAAAUGGAAGCACAACAAGUGCAGCCUCGAUGAAGUUUAUAAAGGAUGUGUAUUGUAUUUGGAAGCGGCCAUGAUGGAGCCGAGUACACAGAUCGCUGGCGCGAUUGUCAUCUUUGACAUGGAUGGUCUCACCCUUCAGCAAACCUGGCAGUUUACCCCGCCGUUUGCCAAGAGGAUAGUCGAUUUGCUUCAGGAGGCAAUGCCUUUAAGGGUAAAAAACAUACACAUUAUAAAUCAACCGUAUGUAUUCAACAUGGUGUUCGCUCUGUUCAAACCGUUCCUGAAAGAGAAGUUGAAAAAUAGAAUAAUUUUUCACGGCACCGAUCGCAAAUCAUUGCAUCAAUACAUAUCGCCGAAAUGUCUACCAGCGCAAUACGGUGGUACGCUGGAAAUAAAAACGAUAAAUGGACCCGAAUGGUACUCCUUGCUGAUACAGGUUGACAAGGAAUAUGAAGGUAUGUCUAAAAGAAAAUUGCAUCACUCGUUUCAUAAUAGUAACAAAAUGAACAAAAUGACAAAAUUGAAAUAAAGUUCAAAACCUAUUUGACGUGAGUGUAUUUUAAUAAAACUUUUUUAUAAGAACGAUCUUUUUUCUG